UCCUUCCCAUGUAAAUGGGUUAUUGCGAAAGGCCCAGUCAGCAUUUUCUCCUUCCUUGUCCGAAAACCUCUCUCGCGACCCUUACUCGACGAACUCGCAACGGCGUUGUAUAUCAAUUUGGGGGUUUGUUGGUGAUGGGCGAUGAGAAGUCGGCGUCUUCGAUCGUAAUGGCGAGUAGAGACAGAGAACCGCGAGAUCGUGAGCUUCUCAUUCCGGUGGCGGACUCCGGAGAUUUCAUUUUUUGUGUGUUGUGUUUGGUUGCUGGGAAAAUGGAGGAUUCGAGGGAAAAGGAGAAUAUGCAUCCAAUUGCUGCCAUGACUUUAAACAGAUUGGAACUUGAUGCUCUGCCUAUAACAGGGACGGAGCCAGAAAUUUCUUCUAGUGCGAGCAACCGAAAACAACUAAGAAAACCUUAUUAUAGUAUGAUUAUACGCAAUAUGAUACGCAAUAUGAUAUUAAAGAUGGUUUUAAAUGAUGAUAUAUCACAAUUUCAAUGUUACAAAAAUUUCAAUAUAGUAGUGAAAAGUGGCAAAAUGAUGAGAAAAAUAUAAGUCCAUGAUAGGCGGGAGAUGAUUUUUUCGGUUUGAAUAACAGAAGAAGAGCACUAUUGCUCAUAUAAUAUUUGAUAUGGAGUAUAAGUAGAAUGAAUGAAUGUAUGUUGGAUAUUAGAUACAUAUAUUUUCUUCAAAGAUAACCCUGUAUAUUAUAUAAUUGUAGUCUGCAACUAAACAAACGAAUUACUUGAGUGGGGGCAUCUACCCCCAGUGGCCUUCAUUGGCUCCGUCCAUGCCUAUACAGAUUCCGUAAGAUUUGUGUUUGAAUUUUAUGAUUGGUAUUAUAUUUGCACAAUAUGUUUCAUAUCGUCAUUAAGGAAGAAUACAGUGACCUAACAUAUGGUUAUGAAAAUGUUCGAUAGUUUUCAGAACUUAAUCCAUGUAAACUUUGUUUGAAAUACUUCUAGCCGGGGUACAUGUUAGUGGAUUGAAUAUUUGAAUGUGUCUUGUGUAAUGGGAGAUUUCUUGGAGGUUUUGUGUUGCCUCUGCUGCUGCUAACUAGUAGCCAAAUUCAAAUGCAAAUGCCUUUGUCUUUUUUGCCAAUGUUUUCGCAGAAAGUUAAUUGCAACUCAUGAAGUUACCAUUUUUUUUUCUUUCUUGCAGCUGCUUUUAUCAACUGCAGUGUCCUCUCUGUUGUCAAUUUGGUAGUGUUUCUUAUUCUAUUUAAUGCACCAAAACUAGGUAAGCUAGCUGCUUUCUGUAAUUUUCCAGCUUGGUUUUGACAUUUCAAAUGAAUUUAGGUAGACAUGGCACCAAGUGAAAAUGUGUUUGUGAGAUACUAGGAAACUAUGUGCAAUAUGCAAAGGGUUUUCUUGAUAUGACUAUGCUACCUACAAGAGACUAGCUAAAGUUCUUUCAUUUUUUCCAAAAACAAUGUGAAUUGUGAA